GACAACAAUGCACCUAAGAAGCGCUUCCUUAACGAACAUGGACCCCUCCGAAAUUCAUAUCCAUGGAUUAUUAGGCAGAUUACGUGCUCUGAUGCGUCGGCAAUAUUCGAGGUAGAUCUGGAUGGACAAAAGUAUGCAUUGAAGCUUUUCCACGAUAACGGCGACCCUGGAUAUACCCAAAAAGGUCGUGAUCUGAACCGAUUUCGCUGCGAAUUAAAUGCUUAUAAGAAGCUUUCUCUUCUGGUGUCUCUGGCCCGCUGUGACUACGAAAUUGCGCUUGUGAAGGGAUUUGCGGAAGCACUAAGAGAUGACCAGGCUAAGGGACUCCCGCCGAAUACAAAAUUUUACUAA